AUGUGCUGCGGGAAUCGUUGUUUGAUUGCCCUGUUCGUUUUGGCCCUGAACGCCGUGGAAGCGGCGCGUCCCGGCCUGCCUUCGGCCCUGACGACGCAGCCUGCAAACCCAAAGUGCCGGGAUAUCAAGGACACCCCACAUCCUGAGACGUGGCGUUCUUUCCGCCUGGCAGAUGCCGACAUGACGAGCUGCAAAUGUCUCCGGGGCCUGGAGAAAGCCCAGGAGUGCUCGGUGGUGGUGGAGGCGGCGGCCGUGCGAUUCUGCGCACUGGUCGUGGAAAAGACAUGGGACACCUUUGGAGACAAGCAGAGCUACGUCCAGAAUCGUUUGAAGAUGACCCCGGAGCUCUGCCAGGAGAUCCUGACGGGCACCUUGGACGAUGUCGGCACCCCACAAAGCCAAAGCCUCUUCCAUGAAGCCAAUGCGCUCUCGAAUCGAAGCACAAAGGGACCAAUGGAAUGGGAUGAGUGCAAAGAGAUCGUGGACGAGACCCUGAAGAACAUCAGGAAGAUGACCGGUGAUGUCGAUGAUGCCAUGCCUUCUGAGGAGACCUGCGCCGACAGAGUCGUGCGCAGAGUAGAGGCGGAGAUGUUGGGUUGUUGCGGCCGUUCAUGUGCAUGGAUGGAAUGGCCACAGCUGCAGCUCCUGGCCAUUCCUGGCCAAGGACGAAAAUGCACGGCGUUCAAUGUGCUCCAAAACAGCAACAGGAAACACAUGUGCAACUCUGUCCUCAGCCCCAGGCAGGUCGAAUUGGUCUCCCAGAAAGACACCAAAGCCAAGACAGGCGAUGUCGGUGGUGCGUACAUGGGGCAGGACCCUCGGCUUCUUUGGGCAAAACCAGGCCUUGCCAAGUUCCACCAGCAGCUGAACAAACUGAAGCAAAAGCCCAAAGAGAAUGAGCCAGUGAGCUCGGACUUCCUGGAAAGGAACCCAGAUGUCCACAAGAAAGGGCUUCGGGAGGGCUGGUUCCGGGAACCAGCCCUCCUGAAGCCCUUUCUUGUGGACAUCUUAGAGGAUCCUCAGGAAAUGUCGACUUCUUUGGCCGAGAUCGGGGCCAGCACCUGCGACGAUUUGCAGAAGAGGGUGCAGAAGAUGCAGCAUUGCCCCUCUACGAUGCAGGACCAGGUUCGGAAGACCUGCCUUCGGCAAGAAGGAUGGCAGGCCUCAGCCAAACCUGACAAGGAUGACCCGUUUGACGAGCCCACCUGUCAGGAGAAGAUGACCGAUCCCAACUUCAAUACACCCACAAAUGUUGCCACACCCGAUGAGUGUUUGGCGAUCAAAGUUGGUGAGCCCAAGCACAUGUUCUUUGUGUGCGAUACAGCCGAUCCAGAUGGCAUUGUCCUGGAGAAGCCCAUCCUAUGCUUUCCAGAGAAGCCCAUCAAAUGCGACUUCGAAGAGGGGCGGAAAGUGAGUGAGAGUGAAUUCAAUCGCGACAAAGGCUUCGCAGACUACAUCUAUUGGUUCGAGAUUCCAAAGACUUCCAAAGCCUGAGAAGAAGAAGCCUGAGGGAGGCUAUUGAAAUCUAUUGACCCAGGCCGCGCCGUUUGGA